UAUGAUUUCUAAUAUUUAUAAAAAGUUAAUUUCUUAUCUAUAUGAUACUAAAUACACGCAACAAAAUGUGUUUGGGUCUUAAUUUUAUUUAAGAUUUCCUUACCAGUUCGUAUAAUUAUUAUUAAUAAUGAACACAAAACGUGACACCUUUAAAAUCACCAAAUUUUAUCAGUUUAUAAUGUUUGAGGUAUUACAUAAACUUGGCACACUAUUAACAGUUUUAUUUUUAGCCACAACAAAUGGCUAAUUACUAAGGUUUCCAAAAAAAUCAAUACGAAAAAAUUAGAAUUGUAACUUUUAAAAGAACUACAAUUUAUCCCUUGAAAAUAUUAUAAAUGUAAUUAUUAUAUGUUUGUGGUGGGGAAAAAAUUAUUAAUAAGUAGUGGGGAAUUCAUAGCCAAGGGUAAUUCAAGUUCGUCUGUAACGUUUAGAAACAGUUUUCAUUUUCUUCUUAAACGGUUAUCAAUUGAAAGUAAAAAAAUGGUUUUUCAUACGAUUUACGAUAAAGAUGUUGAAAAUAAUGUCGAUAAAAAGAUGGGUGAUCAAGUACUACCCUAUCAACUCAGUGCCGCACAGGCUUCCAGUCAUCUCAGGCAUUUGUGCAACCUUGAUAUCAAUUCCAAAGCGUCGUUUAUACGUCUUUCAGGCAUCAUUUGUACCAUUGGGCCUGCGUCCAGAGAGCCGGAAAUAUUGGUGAAGAUGAUGGAAUCUGGUAUGAACGUCGCCCGUUUGAACUUCUCACAUGGUUCUCACGAGUACCAUGCCGAAACUAUUGUAAACAUUCGUAAAGCAGUUGACAUGUACAGUAAAAAAAUUGGUAUCAUAUAUCCUCUGGCUAUUGCUCUUGAUACUAAGGGACCCGAAAUUCGUACUGGUCUGCUUGAAGGGGGUGGUUCAGCUGAAGUAGAACUCAAAAAGGGCGACAAAAUUAAAUUGACUACCGAUAAGGCCUACGAAUCCAAAGGAACCAAAGACAUGGUAUACGUCGAUUAUGAAAAUAUUCAGAAAGUAGUAGCGCCUGGUAACCGUAUCUACCUCGACGAUGGUUUGAUGUCGCUGGUUGUCGAUGAUAUUUCCGGAUCCGUUCUUACUUGUACCAUCGAGAACGGCGGUAUGCUUGGAAGCCGUAAAGAAAAAGACAAGUCCGAUCUCAAAUUCGGUGUGGAACAAAAAGUCGAUAUGGUAUUUGCUUCGUUUAUCAGAAACGCGGACGCUUUACAAGAUAUUCGUCAAGUACUAGGAGAUGGAGGAAAGAAAAUUUUGAUUAUCUCGAAAAUUGAGAACCAACAAGGAAUGUUAAAUCUAAAUGAAAUCAUCGACGCCUCGGACGGCAUAAUGGCGGCCCGCGGAGAUCUCGGUAUCGAGAUUCCCACCGAAAAGGUGUUCCUCGCCCAAAAGGCGAUGAUCGCCCGUUGCAACAAAGUGGGCAAACCGGUCAUUUGCGCUACGCAAAUGUUGGAAUCGAUGAUAAAGAACCCGAGACCGACUCGGGCGGAGAGUUCGGACGUCGCCAACGCCAUCUUGGACGGAGCCGAUUGCGUCAUGUUGUCGGGAGAGACGGCCAAAGGGAAAUAUCCUUUGGAAUGCGUGAGAACGAUGGCGAAUAUUUGCAGAGAGGCCGAAGCUGCGAUGUGGACCAAAGAGUUGUAUACUGAUUUAACGGAAACUGUAACUAGUCGCUUAGACGACUGGCUAAGAGACGUAGACGCCAGACUAAACUUCGGUAUCAGAUACGGUAAAGUUCAAGGAUUCAUCAGAGCCGGAGAUUCGAUUAUCGUAGUCACCGGAUGGAAACAAGGAUCAGGCUACACCAAUACAAUGAGAAUCGUUUACGUUUCCGACGAAGUUCAAUCCAUUUGUACCGGAGCGUGUUCCAGAUAAAUGAACCAUUUUUAUUUAUUACUAAAACCAGCGCCUGAAUGUAUUUUCGAUAAUAUAAUUACCACCCUUUCGUGUCAGUGUUUUGAUCUCUUGGAAUUUUUAUUUUAAUUGAAUUAUGUAGAAAAAAAAGUUUGGAGAAAGCGAAUUCGUUUUUAAUUUUUAAUUUUGAUUGAUAUUAAAUCCAUUAAAAGUUUAAAAUAUCUGUCUAGUCUAUUGAAUAAGUGGAAUUAAGUAAAAUUUCACUAGAAUAUUAAAUAUUUAAAUGUGAUUAAAAAUAUAAAUGCAACAAUAUAUUAUUAAUUUAAAAAAUUGAUAUAUUUAUUUAUAGGUAAUCGCUGUAAAUUUUUGUUUCUUUUUUUUUGCAAUUCUCUAAAUACAGAAUGAAAUAUUUAUUUUGUGAAUAUUAUUUAUAAAAAUCUAUUUUGUUUCGCAAUAAUAACGUACAUAAUUUUGCCAAUUGAAUGAUGUAGUAUUAAAAUAAUUGUUGAUUAAAUAUAUUUUUUUUCUUUUUCCUAAUCUAGAGUUACAAUUUAACAGUUUUAAAAAGUGCAAGUCGUAAGCUUUGUUUUAUGUAGAAUUAAUAGAAGAAUGGGAGAAUGGUUAAAAGGAGUAAAAGUAAAUAUUAUCAUGAUAGAAUUAGGAGAAGAAGUAAAGUUGAUGGUGGUAUAAUUUUAUGUUUACUAUUUAUAAUAUUACGACUGUUACUUCCUUUUAAAAAAAAGGAAGAAGUAAAGGGAAAUAUUUCGAUAGAAUUAGUACGAGGUCGGAGAUAGGAUUAAAAUAUGUUUAAAUGAGAUCCAGUGGUGGAGGAAACUUCUAAAUUUGUUUAUUUGGAUUUGUUGAAUUAAUCUAUAAGUAAUUGUGUUCAUUAUUAUUGGUAUUCUGAAGAUUGUGGGUUUGAAUCCCAUCCAGAGCGAAAUUUUUUCAAUGUUUCAAAAUCUCCUCAUCUGUGUUUCAUUCACCCUUUGGAUUCAUUUCCAGUUAUUCUUUUCAGUACUCAUAGUAAUCUUCAUCUUCACUUUCAUCGCUUGUUAGGAAUUAGGUAUUUUUUUCAUAGGGAAAUACACCUAUGGUUAGGUUAGAUAGAUCUAAAUACCUAGAUAUUUAGAUCUAUCUAACCUAACCAUAGGUGUAUUUCCCUAUGAAAAAAAUACACCUAUGGUUAGGUUAGAUAGAUAUUUACAUCUAUCUAACCUAACCUUAGGUGGACUGCAAUUCAAAUUAGGUAUUUUUUUCAUAGGGAAAUCCACCUAAGGUUAGGU